UAGGCGAGACUGGUUGAUUUUCAAGGAACUUUAUAAAGAAUGUUCUGAUCGCAAUGUACAGCCCCCUGCGUUAAGCAUCAUUCCUGUUCCUGGUGUACGUGAAGUAUCAGGCUAUGCAGAGAGCAAUCCUGCUCAGUUUGCCCGUCCGGAUUCAUACAUAACUGUUAGAGAUGAUGAGUUGACAAGGGCAUUAGCAAGGAGUACAACAUGCUAUGACAUGGAUUCUGAUGACGACGAGUGGCUAGAAAACAUUAAUGAUGAACUUUUUUCGGAAAACAAGCAUCUUUCGGUUGAGAGCUUUGAGAUACUGAUUGAUACUUUUGAGAAAGGCUUUUAUUGUAAUCCAGAUGAUUAUUCUGAUGAGAAAACGGCUAUCAAUAGUUGCCUGGAUAAGGAAAAGAAAGAAAUUGUUGAGGCUGUGUAUAGUUACUGGUCCAAAAAGAGGAAGCAAAAGCGGUCUUCCCUGAUAAGAAUUUUCCAGUGUUACCAGCCAAGGAGAACUCAGGUCAUCCCAAAAUCUGUUCUCCGCAAGAAGAGGUCUUUCAAACGACAAGGAAGCCAAGCCGGAAGAGGCAAACAGCGGCCAUUUCUACCAGCAAUGGUGACUGAAAAAGAUGCUUUGCAGCGACAGAACUCAGUUCUUAAGGUGCAAGAAGCUAAAGCUGCUGCAAACAAAUCGGAGGAUUUGGCAGUUAGGCUGAGACAAAGGGCUCAGCAGCUGAUGGAGAAUGCUGAUCUAGCAACUUACAAAGCCGCAAUGGCACUUAAAAUAGCAGAAGCAGCUAAGAUUGCUAAGUCUACAGAAGCUGUUGUGCCGUUUUUCAUAGGUUAGAAACAGUGUUCUUCAGAAAUAUAGUUGAAAUGGCCAAUUUUUCCCGAAUUGAAAUCGGAGGAACACAGCCUCAUGGCCUUUUUUAGAGAGGCCUGUGGAGGUCCAUCUUUGACAGGAUUUAAAGUAACUUUGUGUAUAGAUUCUAAUGGAUGUACAUUCUGUAUCAUUAUUCUUAUAUGUUAGCUUAGAUAGAUGUGUACAAGGAAAAAGAGAGGGUUUAUCUAUUUGUUUCAAGGAAACCAUAUAGAAGCAAGACAAGUAUACAAGAUUUUGAGAGCACAUGGUUCGCCGUUUCUGCAACUUUUGUUUUCUGUUAAUAUUUUGUUUUCUAGACCAUUAGGCCGUUUUGAUACCGUUUCAUGUUCGCCUGUUUGGAGUAAUUGACGUGUGAUGAUUUAUUGUG